GUCUCAUUCUCCUAUGCGCCAUCCAGCAAGGUGUACGCCCGGGCAACAAUGGUGAAUUGACCGCGAUUCGGUAAUCAUCUGCUAAUACAUUCGAAAUCAUUGUACUCUGUCGCAACACAGUAGUGUCCUGCGUUGCUAAGAAUGCGUCAUGAAAUAGACUAGAGACUGGAGCGGGGUUUCUGUGUGUAUGGUUGUCUGGUCAAAGUCUCGCCUCGCCUAUCGCGGUGCAUUUAUCCAUCUGCAUUCACGGAGUAACUUACCUGUAGUGAACCUGCGGAUACAAAAGACUCCCUGACCCCCUACCUUCUGCGGCUCGACUUUCUUUUCCUUUUCUCAUACCAUCUUACACUCCCUUCCCAUCUGUUGCUCAUCCAAAACCCAACUCAAUCACCAUGGCUCCCAAGAUCGCAAUCGUCUACUACUCCAUGUACGGCCACGUCGCCAAGCUGGCCCAAGCCGAGUUGAAAGGCAUUGAGCAAGCCGGCGGCAAGGCGGAUCUCUUCCAGAUCAAAGAGACCCUCCCCCAAGAAGUCCUCAGCAAGAUGUACGCCCCUCCUCAAGACGAGAGCGUCCCCUUCAUCACCCCGGACAUCUUCAAGACCUACGACGCCUUCCUCUUCGGCAUCCCCACCCGCUACGGCAACUUUUCCGCCCAGUGGAAGACAUUCAUCGACCACCUCGGCCAACUGUGGCAAUCCGGCGCCCUGUACGGCAAAUAUUUCGGCAUGUUCGUCAGCACGGGCACCGCGGGAGGUGGGCAAGAGUCGACCUGCAUGAACGCCCUGAGCAGCUGGGUGCACCAGGGCAUGAUCUACGUACCCCUCGGCUACGCGACUACAUUCAGCUUGUUGGCUGGGCUCGACGAGGUGCGUGGUGGCUCGCCCUGGGGUGCGGGCACCUUCUCUGGCGGUGACGGUUCUCGUCAACCCAGCGCCCAGGAACUCGAGCUCGCGCAGGCCCAGGGCAAGGGCUUCUACGAGCACGUUAGCAAGGUCAACUUUGCUUGACUAGAUGGCAGCGCAGCAGCAAAGCCGGCGGUAGCAAAAGAAGAGAAGCAGCCGCAGACACAGACACAAAGCACGACAACAUCAGCUACACCUGCGACGACGAAGCCAGCAACCACAGCCAGUGCCGGCCAGCCCAGUCAGCCUUUGAACACGGAUGACAAGGAAGAGAAGAGCGGGCCCUGUGGAUUGCCUAAGAACUGUGUCAUCCUAUAAUCCCAUGAAGGCAGGAGGGCACCAGAUAUGGAAGAAAAUACGAAACUCAAGAAAAGAAGGCGACGUUCACAUAUAGAACGCAGCCGGAUAGCGCUAGAUACCACCCUGAUAUGAAAUGAAUUGCAUUGAGAACAUGAU